AUGUGUGGGCCAGACGCUGUGGACAGAGUGCUGGCCUUGGUCCUCAUCCGUGUCCUCGUCAGCUGGCACGGACAUGCCCACGUGUCCAACCGCACCUUUGCAGCCCCCACUCCCUGGCCACCUACCUACCCAAACACCCACAUGCACACUCGCCCCAACGCUCACCUGCUCCCUGCAGCCCCGCAUUCCCCACGCCCACCCCACAGCGAAGCGGCCCCACACCCCCACCGGGAAGCACCACCCCGCAAGACGGACAAACCCGCGCGGAAGCAGGAGCGCCUCCCCGCACGAGGGCAGAGCCGCGGACGCUCGGGGAGGCGAGAGCUGGAGGCGAGCGGGGCGCGGGCCGUGCCCGGCCGCCUGUGGCUGGUCCUGGCGUGGCUGCUGCUCGCGCACGCGCUGGGCGCCGCGGGGGCCCCAGGCAACCCGCGGAGACCCCGCAGCUACCCGCACCUGGAGGGCGAAGUGCGCUGGCGUCUGGACCCCAGCGGCCGCGUGCAGGACACCCGCCGACGCCACAGGCCUGGCAGCAUCCUUGAGAUCCGCUCAGUCUGCGUGGGUGCUGUGGCCCUCAAGGCCAUGCACUUGGACUUCUAUGUGGCCAUGAGCUGCCGGGGCUGCCUCUAUGGGUCACGGGUCUGCUCUGUCCACUGCAGCUUCCGGGAGCGCAUUGAGGAGAAUGGCUACAACACGUAUGCCUCGCUUCACUGGCACCACAACAACCUGCCCAUGUUCCUGGCGCUGGACGGGAGGGACGUCCCGGUGCGGCGUGGCAGCCGGACGCAGCGGCAUCACCUAUCCAGCCAUUUCCUGCUGGUCCUGGUCUCCUGAGGCCCUGGAGGGAGCCCAGCCGAGGCUGGGGAGUCCCAGGCGUGGCCAUGCUCAUGUCCAGUUGGUAGUCUCGUCAUAGCAUCAAGAGCCUGCUGUGUAUCCCAGACGGCCCUCAAGAAGCCCCAUCUGAGUCUGAGGUGCGCUGGACAGAGCUGAGCCAUCAUGGGUACCCAGUCACCAGUCGGGGCUGCAGAGACCCCAACAAGGCACUUCCCAGGCUGGAGACUGAAGGGUGAGGCCAUGUGGUCACCACCCCGGGCCAGACACGGCCCAGGCAAGGCUCAAGGCUUGGAGGUGGGCACCCCUUGGAGUGUUUGAGACAGCGAGGUGGGGGGAGGCUGGGGUGGACAAGCAGGCCUGGGGUCUGGGGAAGAGGGCAACAUGGAUGCGCCACAGGUGACAGGUCCUGGUCCCAGGACCUGCGCACAUGUCCCCUCACAUGGCAGAGGGACUCAGAGAGGAUCAGGUCAAGGCCCCAGAGAUGGGGGUGAACCUGGAUUCCUGGGCACCCAGGGUCCUCACAAGGGUCCCUAUGAGGGGGGUAGGGGGCCAGGGUCAGAGAGUCGGGAAGGCGCGGCUCUGCCGGCCGUGCAGACGAAGGAGGGGCCCCGAGCCGAGGCUGCAGCGCCUCUAGAAGCUGGAAGAGGGGGACACGGUUCUCCCGAGGUCCCUGGAGGAGCCGGCCCUGCCCACCCAGAUUUGGGGGAGUGAGGCCUGUGUGGGCCCCAGGCCCUGGAACCUGAGAGAAUGAACGUGUGGCUAGGCUAGGCCACCUUGUUUGAUCAGGCACAGCAGCCCGGGGAAGGAACACCUGCACGAGGAGUCUGAAGCCAUCAGAAUCCCUCUUUGGAGCACCCCACGCUAGAGGACAGGCAGGGCUUGCAGAGCGCACCCUGUACCCGGGCCCGCUACCCGCCAAGGGCCUGCCUCAGCCCGCAGGCCCCCCCCAGGCUUGAACUGCUGCGGGAAGCAAGGGUGGAGCUGAGCCCAGGCUGAGGGCUCAGGUCUACAGCACUGAGCUGGCUGACACCGUGAGGCACAACCACAUGGUGCCCAGACCCCGGGGGAGCAGUGCAGCUCAGCCCUUGCCAUGCACCGGCACAGAAGGAAAACGCCAACCACCUGCUUCUCUAAGUAGGUAUAUUUUUAAAUAGCUUUCAAGAUACACAUAUUUUUUCCUUUAAAAAACAUCUGUC